AGUACUUUUAUACAGUUUCAGGGCUUAGAAUCCUUAAAUAAAAAAAAAAAGUUAUCUUUUCUGCUAAAUAUUUUUUUAUAUAUUACGUGUAAUGCCAAAACCUCCACUGUGUUGUGCUACAGAUUCAAACUAAACGUAAGAGGGCUGAUUUAUAUACUGGGAGGUUGGAGAGUAGAUGCUUUUUAAGUUUAUUGUACAGAAUGCUGAAUGCUAAAGAGAAAGGGAAGAACAGUAUAAAGAAGUCAAUCUCGGAUGCACAAAUAGAGCUUCUACAGAAGACACCAUUUGCACAUUUCUUUGAUAUCCCAGAGUUGUCUAUCAGCCCAAAUUGGUUGUAUGUGCUCAUCAAGCGGUUCGAUGAGCAAACAGGUGUAUUCAUCGUCGGCAAUGGCUUAGAGCUGAAACUUGAAAAAGAUGAGCUCGCCGCAAUGCUUGGCCUCCUUCUCACCGGCCUACCAGUAGAACUUGACGAGGAGGGGGCACCCCCGAAAGAUAAAACAUAUAAUGAAUUGCUUGGGGAUUCUCGAGAUGGGGGGCAUAGAAAUAAUCUUGAGAAAUUAUUAAAGUUUUAUAUUGGCUCUAAAAGAGAAAAAGAGGUGAAAGCUUUUGUUUCUGUCUUCGUGUUGGUUGUGUUGAACACGAUACUUUUCCCCUUGUCUACAAAAGAGAUGCCAAGAUUUAUACACCAAUAUGUUGACCAUGUUGACAAGUUGGGUGAGUUUGACUGGGAAUAGCUGUUUAUACAUUUUUGAUGGAGAACAUAAUAUCUAGUCAUCGAGCAAUACAUGAUUAGAAAAACAAUGUUAAGCCAGCAUUCGGUUAUUUAAAUGGUUGUACUAUCGGUUUGUUGGCUUGAUUUCUAGAGAGGGUUCCCUCCAUCUUGACACCCCUAGGUGAUAGGACAGCAAGGCCCCGUCUCUUCAAGUGGAAGGUGAAAUAGUUAAAAUAUAUUAAUAAAAUUGAAGAGAAAAUCAGUGGGAUUACCACUGAUAAGAUCAAAGAGUAUCAGCUUGCCCCAUUCGAGCACAAGUACCUCAGUGGAACAUCUAUUGGUGCAAGUGUUUUUCAGGUGUAUGCUGAUAAGGCUGCAACGGUUGAGAAGCAGGGAAGAAAAAAAAAACAAAUGGAUGUUGCCGGCACAUCUUAUAAUGUGGAUUUUCAGAAUCUUGUGCAGAGGGUCGAGAUGCUUGAACAAAGCAAUAAGAAAAAAAAUGAUGAGAUCUUGACCUUGAAAACAAAGAUCAAGUUAUUGAAGAGAAAUUAUAAAAAAUUUUGCCGCAUUUUGGAAAGAAAUAACCAUGGAGUGGUAUUUUAUGAUUUUGACUCAUCCGACUCUGGGUCUAAAUCAUAUGCAUCCUCAUCUGAUAGUGAGGAUGACGAUGAUGGCAAAUCCAAGAAAAAAAUUAGAGAAAGAAGAGGAAGAAGAAGAAGAAGAAAAAGAAGAGGAAGUAGGAGGAGGAGGAGGAGGAGGAGAAGGGACAAGAGACGACGGGAAGAACGAGGGACAAGAAGAAAAAGAGGAGGCAAAGAAGGGAAAGAAAAAGGAGAAAGAAGAGGAGGAGGAGGAGGAGGAGGAGGAGGGGAAAGAUGAGAGAAAGAAUGAUGAUCAUGAUCAUCAUGACCUUGGUGGAAGUCAUGGGGGUAAUAAGGAUGCCAACACUGAGGAGGAAAACAAGGAUGGAGGGCCUUCUUCAAUUGUCAAGAGGUUGAAGAAGAGGGUGGAUAGGAAGUCAACAUUAACCAAGAUGGUGAAAGACUAUCUGGUUGGCAGCAAGUACAAAAGGAGGUACAAGAAUUCUACGAUAACCAUUGAUGCUCCUAGUGAUAAGAAUGUUGCCGUAAUAGAUGCUGGCAUGGCUCAAGAUAGUAGGUAUGAGUGUAUGGUUGCAAGAUUUUAUGCCAAUGAUAAGUAUAUUCAAAAGUAUUACUUUUCUCUAGUACUUUUAAGUAAAUUAUCAUUAUUUUUAGAGACCUUAUUUGGAAGAAGGAUACCACAGAUGGUUCUAUAUAGGUUGAAGACUUGAGCCUCCGCAAAUUAUUAUCUUCAGAGGCAAUAUCUAAUGAUGUAAGUUGAAUUAUAUUAUAGGACAACAAUAUUGUAAAAUUUUUCUUUUAAAGUUUGUGAAUUCUAUUUGUAUGAAUGAACAGCUAAUUAAUUGUUGGAUGUGUAUAAUAAAAACUAUGCCCAAUGAAGAAAGCUCUAAUAGACAAUGCAACAUCUCCUACCUGUGCACGGAGUCUACAAUAUGAAUUGUCUAUAUUUUUUAUUCUCAGUGUCAUAUCUAAGCUUUGUAAAAUGAUAUUGAGCUGCUAACAUAUUUUUCUUUCUAAUUAUUGGUAGUAUGAGAUGUAAACCAUUUCUGAAAACUAGGUAAACAUCCAGAUAAAAGGUGCUAUAGAAAAAAUCAUAGGGGGGGUGACAAACACCACACGUUUAUCUUUUAAUCAUAUUUCUCCUUACAUACUUGCCACAUGUCGCUACCUAAUGCUUCCACUCAACACCACUGAUAAGUGAUACUGGCACCUUUUGAUAUUUGAUACCAUGCGUAGAAAAUUUUUGCACUAUGACUCUAUAAAAAGUUUAGUAGCAAAAAAAAACUAUCGAAACUAUUGUAAGUAUAAAAUCUCAAUUCUAUUAAUCACUUUUUGAUGUUUGUGGCUAUUCUAAUAAGUGGCGCUGGCACCUUUUGAUGUUUAUGGUAAUUCGCUGGUCGGGUUGCUCUUGCUCGCUUAUUUUAUGGUGCUUGUAUCAUCUUAUCCCACAGGAUGUAUCAAGCCAUGUUGAUACUGAUGGGAGUUGGUUGGUUUUUUCUUGCUCUAUCACUCUGUUCAUGGCAAUUCGCUGGUUCGAUACUAACAAAUAUAAAAUGAUUUGACAUAGACGAGCUUUUUCGGGUUAUGAUUGAAACAUUGUCGGGAUAUUGUGCUUGAAGACUACUCUGUGGAACACAUAUCAGAUUGUCGGGAUCAAGAUGGAGAUGUUAAUUGUGGGGUCCAUGUUGGCCUGUGGGUUGAGUCCUUCUCCAGGAGUAAUGAAGAAUUUUGGACAGUAGCGAAGACUUGCAGCAUGGACGGGUACAGGAGUCAUAUGGCACACUAUAUUCUGAUGGAUCACAUAAGCACUCAAAGAGAGGGUAUUGAGAAAUAUAUAGCUGAGCGACAUAAGAAUUAAGCAUUAUUUUAUUGUCAAACAUUUUGGACAUUUGAUGUAUGGGCAUUAUUUUGGACAUGUUCAA